AUGUCAGUCUCACAGUCAGAACGUGUUGCCAUCAUAGGGGGCGGUUGCACGGGGAUCACCUCGUUCUGGGCCUUACAGAACUCAGGUCAUGACGUGCAUCUUUUUGAGGCUUCCAAUGGUCUUGGGGGGCGUAUCAAGUCGUUGUCUUUCGAGCACAAUGGCAGCCAAGUCAAAGUGAAUUCAGAAUCGCCCAUCUUUAAUGUUGAGGCUUCCCCCAACUUGGAUUCAUUGCUGCGGUUUCUGGGAGUCUCAACCGUUGAGCACCGGUUUAGCGUCAGGACAACUGACGGAGCCAGCAGCUCUUGGUGGUGUGGCAGUAUCCUACACAGCGUUCUUCGUCGCCCUUGGAUGCUUUGCAGCAAGGAGACGUAUAUCGUACUAUCGGACAUCAUAUGGCUCAAGUACCUAGCCAUCGACGUGCUGGGCUACCAAAUCCAGCCCGCCAGCGCCCACAGUAUCGAGUCGCGAUUCUCAGUUCAGAGAUAUCUUUCCGAAGCAGGAUACUCUGCUAGCUUUCGCGAUAAAUACCUAGCUCCAAUGUUAUCGGUGCUAUGGGGUACAAACGCUGGCAAGCUCCUUCCACGGCUACCCGUCCAAGUCGCCAUCCGCUGUCUGUAUAACUACCAACUGCUCCGGCCCCGGCAGAAUGUUCCGAGAUGGCGGCGUAUAGAACUAGGCGCGAACCACCUGGUGGAAGCUCUGUCUCGUGACCUCGAUUUUUCGAAGGUACAUUUGGAGGCCAGAAUUCGGCAAGUGACUAGGUAUGACAAAAGGAUCUACAGGCUGGUUACAGAAGAUGGGCGAGAGAUGGAUUUCAAUCGCAUCAUUUUCGCUGUGGACGGCGAGGAAACAAUGCGGAUACUGGGAACGCAUGCGAGCGCGCAGGAGAAGAAAAUCAUUGGAGGUCUGGGAACGACGAAGAACAUAUCCGUUCUACAUUCAGAUUCCCUCCUUUUGCUCGAAAGCAAGCAUCCCACGUCCGCCUACAACUAUAUGCUCGAGUCCAUCGUGCCUGAGCACUCACUGGAUGCUUUCACGCCCAGGAGAUCAAGUCUUAGCUUUAAUGUCAAUACCUUGGAUGGCCUUCCACCUUUCAUCUACGGUCCCAUUUACAUCACUCUGAACCCGUAUAUGCCACCUCACCCUAGCGUCGUUCAGAGUGUAUGCGAAUUCACCGACCUAGACCCAACAUUCUGCACACUCCAGGCACAAAGGGAUCUCCCCAUCAUCCAGGACAAGCGAGGUCUGAGCUACGGAUUUUGUUGGACAGGUCGUGGACACUUGGAAGAUGCCAUCACCACAGGCUUAAGGAUUGCGACCGAGCACCUGAACGCGGAAGUGCCUUUCCAAGUCAGAUACCACCCCGAACCUCUCGCAGCGGACUUGUCCACACCAAGCAUAGGCCUCUCGGUUCACAUGAUACGAACCCUACUUCGCCUGCUUCAAUUAUGCAUCCUCAUUCUGAAACUGCUCAUGCUGUUGCUACCUGAGCCAGUUUCGCGGGUCAUAGCCCGCUGCAACAGACAUACCCGGUCAGAAGCCAGAGAAGCCCGCGUGAAUGGGUUUCUCUCAAGGGAGGUAUAA